UCCAUACCACCAAUUCCAAUUAAGGACAAUAACUAAGCACUAUGGACCAAUUAGUUGCAUACAAAGUUUGUGACUCCUCUCGCCGUAAAAGACACAUCAUCAUCGCUACAACAAGUAUUGAGAGUUUGCUUGAACAUGGAUCCCACACUAUCGAUCGCCUAUUUUCACACGUAGUACUGGAAAACGAUGGAUGCGAACUAUCCAGUGACUUGGCCUUAAGUGCAUUCAAUAGAGAACUGCUCAUGUUAUUGGAGACAGGAGAGACAUGGAUGCCGGAUGGUUUGUACACCACUGAAAGUCAUACACUGGAAAAUGAGGAAGGUCUCCAGCAAAUUAUCACCGAGCAGAGUGUUGUAUCUGAAGCUGAGCAUGUUCCACAUAUCACAAAUGUUGUGUCAUCGGCUAUACUAGAAGGUCUAAAAAUCGACCAAAACGUGGUUACUUUCCCCGAUCACCACGAACCAGCGACUGAUGUAGUUGCAAUGCAAUUAUUGGCUAGUGUCGAAGAUGAUCAAACAGCAGUUUCAAAGCAACCGGGUGAAUUACAGCAAGAAGAUGACGAUGCACCUGAUUCACCUGAAAAACAGCAAUGCGAUGAUGAAUGUUCCAUGGAAGAAUCUAAUGAAAAUCAAUCUCCAAACUCAAAUCCUAAGCGUCCAGACCAUAAAAGCAUUGAUAUUCAGAAAAGUGCUAAAAAGCACGCUUCAUGCGAGAUGAAAUUUCGUUGUUUUGAAAUAAAUUGGAACAAAGUGAGUGAUAAUGUUCUAGUUCGACUUACCAGUCUACAAGAAUUCAAGAACAACAACCCUGAAAAUCCAGUUCCAGGAUCAUUGCGUUUGAGCCGAAGUGAUGUGAGCAGCUUGCUGAACAAUAUCGUAGAUCAACUUAGAGCAAUCGAUUCCCGUAUCAAGGCAGAUACUAUGGAGGUGGUCUCUAAACAAGUGAUGCGGAAAUAUCCAUGUUUAGAAUUUACUGAUGACGAUGGCUUCGGAAAUGGAAUGAGUUUUGCUGUCAUCAAACAGAAGAUGAUUAACCGAAAUACCUAUCUGAACAGAUUCAAAGAACCGUCCGAACUAAAACUUCCGGCUGCUAACAAAGGUCGAAACGUCCGAGCAGGUACCCUUAAAAGUUAUUGGCAGAAAUCAUCGAAAGAUUGCGUUAAAGAAGUACUGUCAAAACUUCGGCGGGAUGAGCCUGAGCUUCUGAUAGACGAGUUCCUUACAGCAUCGCAAGCUUUUGUGAGAUUCCGUUUCAGCGAAACAAAGGAUCUAAGGCAACUAUUCUUGGAGUUCCCAGUAUUUAGAAGAAGGAAACUAAUGAAUUUUCAUUUCGAGAAAGCGACGGGAGUUAAAAUCAUUGAUUUGCGGAAAUAUUAUUCCAAGAAACGUUCUAAAAUCAUCGAAUACUCUAGGUCUUUGAACCGAAAGUUUCCACAACUCUCAAAGGAUUCCCCUGAUUUGGAUGUAUUCAAAUUUCUAGCUUGCAUCGUUGGAGAAAACCUGGAUGAUCUAAUUUUGAAGAAAGAGAUUGGAACACGACUCGACGAUAUAAAAAUGGAUUCGUCAGGCCCCUUACUGGUUUCAGUUGACAUGGGUCAGGAAAUGAACAUGUAUUACGUAUACGCUGACCAAAUUCGGCUCUCCGAAGGCACAUUGGAUAUAAUCUGUGCUUUCGAGGAUCUUAUGGCUGUACAUUUUGUACAUAAUUUUAAGUACAUUAAACCACUUUCUAAAUUUUUGGAACUGCUACAGGAAUAUUUGUUAAAAGUAAUUCCAUCUUCAGGAUCCAAAUCAAAUGCAUAUCGAGUUGGGAAUCAGCAAAGAGUCGUUAGAAGGGUUAUUACAGCCCUUUCGCAUUUUGAAUUGAAUUGA